UCCUUGCCGCUCCUCUCAACUCCGGCGGAGGGCUACGCAUUUUCCUCAUUAAGCAUUAUUCAUCGGAAGUAUAAGGUUUGAAUUCUCUAGAUCCAGACAUCCAUGGAGUCUCAGCUUACCUCAUCAUCCAGAACGCAGUCGAUUGCCAACCUCGAACUGCGCAGUGCCUGGCAUCUACUUACUUUUCUUCUCAAGAUCGGUCGCCAUGCGUCUUCUUCAGAGAUAGCUAGCAGAUGCACUGUGUUUCAUGGACAGACUCAUCUAGUGGAGCGCCUUUGUUUAAUUCCAGAUUCUCCUUUGCUAUUGACAGGAGAUCGUUUUGUGGCGCCAUCCUCAGUUGCAUUCGCGGCGCUUCAAAGAUUCUUCUUGAAGUUCAGUUUGAGGGACGUAGUUUUUGGACCUAGGAAACUUUGCGAUGAUAUUAUCUUGACUUAUUCCAGGAGACGAAAAAGGAAGAGAUUGGAGUCUGAUUUUCUUCCAAUAUUUAGAAGGAGAGUUUCAUUGCAAACUGUCGUUGAAAAUGAAGAUAACCGAACGGACUUUCUGCUGACAGAUGAAGCUCGACUCCCCUCUCCUGAGGAUGCAAAUAUGACCAUCAUGAAAUGCGAACACAAUUUAAAUAAUGUAGUUGUUAACCCCCCAAUGCCUGUGCAUCUCAAAGGAAGAGAAUUGAUUUGCGGAUGGGACUACUUUGAAUACAAUGAUAGUGUAGAAAGCCAAAUCUUGGGUAUAAAAACAAAUUCAACUGAAUAUCUACCGCAUCAUGCAAUGUUAUUUCAUUUUCUUAGUGUUGAGCAUAAACCUGAUGUAAAAGAUGUGGCAAUAUCUGAUUCUUUCUUCCCUCAUAUUUUGGAACCUUUUGAACUGGAUGACCUUGUAAUUAGAAAUAGCACCAGUGACAGUGCUGCAUAUUGUGAAGAUUCUGUGGGGCCCAAAUUUUCUUUGUUGGAGGCCGAGUUGAAUCGUCAUGCUUGUGAAGAUACAAAUGUUGGAACAAUUGAAGAUGGACUGUUUGGUGAUGUCCAUACUGGAAAUACACUUCAUUUUGCACAGGAUGCAGAUUUUGGUAAUGUUAUUCAAUCCGUUGCUUCAGCUCAAAUGAAAAACUCACAUAAAAGUGAGUCUCGAACAGUAAUUAACAAUAAGAGUUCAUGUUCAAUCAGAAAGAAAGGAAUUGUUCUGAACCAGGCUCUUCCUCCUGAAAAACAGUUGCCUUCUGUUCAGCAAAAUCAGUGCAAGCCUCAUUCUUCCAAAUUAGAUCUCUCUCUCCCUCUUAAAGAAAACCCUACUAAGCAGCAGGCUGUGUGUGAGCAGUUGAUCAAGGGAGUUGUUUCUUCCAAAAAGCAAUUGUCAACAAUUGAUAAUAAUUUAGUGCAGUUGAAGUCCAAGUCAAAGGAGACCGAACAAAGGAAGAAUAACAAGGACAAGGAGAAGUUGGAUUGUUCCAAAGACAAGGAGACCGAACAAAUGAAGAAUAAAAAGGACAAGGAGAAGUUGGAUUGUUCCAAAGACAAGGAGACUGAACAAACGAAGAAUAACAAGGACAUGGAGAAGUUGGAAUGUUCCAAAGACAAGGAGACCGAACAAACGAAGAAUAACAAGGACAAGGAGAAGUUGGAUUGUUCCAAAGAUAAAAGGGAAAAUCACAUUACUACUGCCAUAAAGGAGGUAAAACCACUACCAAAGUUUGAUUCGUUUAUUGUAGAAGAGGAGGAGGGUUCAGGUGGAUAUGGAACUGUGUACAGGGCAAAGAGGAAGGAAGAUGGAAAAACAUUUGCCAUCAAGUGUCCUCAUGCCAAAGCCAACAAGUACCAUGUCCAUAAUGAGCUGAAAAUGCUUCAACGAUUUGGGGGUAUGGACUUUGUGAUCAAACAUGAGGGCUCUUUCAAGAUUGAAAAUUGUGAAUACCUUGUUCUACAGCAUGUUGAGCAUGAGAAACCUGAGGUUUUGAAGAGAGAUAUAAACAUUUUUCAACUUCAGUGGUACGGCUAUUGCAUGUUCAGAGCCCUUGCAGGUUUACAUAAACAGGGUAUAGUUCAUAGAGAUAUUAAACCAGGCAACUUCUUGUUCACUCGCAAGUUCAAUAAAGGCUUUCUCAUUGACUUCAACCUUGCCCUGGAUUUGCAUCACAAGUAUGGAAAUACUGACAAAUCAACUGUCACAUCUACUUCGAGCUUGAAUAAAAUUCCAUUCCCUCCUACCAAAUCAAUUCUUCAUGGAAAACAGAAUCUUCCUAUUGGCAAAACUCCUAAAGCAAUGGAUAUUGACAGAGGAAGAUGCUUUCAAUCAGUUGCAUCAUCCAAGCACCAGAGGAAGAAGGCUGGUGAGCAUAAAAACGGCGAUCCAGAAUUAGAUGGCAAUAAUAAUAAUGGAUUGAAAAGCCAAGGUGAAAAUGGCUCUGGACUGACAAGCACUAGAACUCCUUCUGGAGAAAAGUUGAGGGAACCUGUUCCAUUCCAAGGUAGAAAGGAAUUACUGAGCUUUGUUCAGAAAUCAAUGCAGACUCAGUCCAUUCCAAAUAAUGAAUCAUCACUCAGUCUUGCAUCUUCCAAAAGAAAGAGGGUUUCAGCCUUUCCUGGAAGAGCGGAUCACAAAAGACAGGUUUAUUGUACUCCAAUGCCGUUGCAUUCUCAUGGCAUGCCAGUUCCAGGUGCUGCCCUUGCAUAUAAGAAAGGGGAUGGAAAUCAUAAACGGGAAGGUCCAUGUGUUGGCACAAAGGGCUUUCGAGCUCCUGAGGUACUUCUAAGAUCAACACUCCAAGGGCCAAAGUUGGAUAUCUGGUCUGCUGGAGUAACAUUACUCUACUUUAUGAUAGGCAAACCGCCUUUUUCUGGCGAACCUGAUCAAAAUAUAAAGGAAAUUGCUAAGUUGAGUGGAAGUGAAAGUAUCUGGGAAGUGGCAAAGCUACAUGACAGAGAAGCUUCAUUUCCAGAGGAGCUUUUGGACACAGAAUUCUUGGGUUGUAUGAGUAUAGAAGAAUGGUGCAAAAAGAACACAAAGAGAGCCGAAUUUAUAGAAUGCAUUCCAGAAUCGCUGUUUGAUCUGAUAGACAAGUGUUUAACAGUGAAUCCAAGAUUGAGGUUAAGUGCUGAAGAAGCCCUCAGGCAUCCUUUUUUCGACAUGUGCCAUCAGAUGCUUAAAAAAAGACUGCUCAAGUAUAAGCAGCAGCAGCAGCAACAGAAGCAGCAGCAGCAGCAACAGCAGGGAAAUACUUCUUCUUCUGCUUCCUGUGGAGAUUCCAAUAUUUUAGACACUGUGUGUUAAAAAAAAGGGAUAUUUUUAUUCAUCUUUUAUCUCAGAAUGCUAUACUUUCCUUCUUUCAUUCCCCCCUGAAGAUUUAAUUAUUCUUUUAUUUUGUAAAACCUUAGAUUUCAACUUUAUAUUCUUCUCUUUAUUUGAUGUGGGACAUACAGUGUAACUGCUUUCUUUCCAGAG